GACCCUGCCCAGCCCGGCCCCCCGCCCGCGGGUGACGGGUAACGGUUACAAAGCAUUUUCUCCCGCCGCCGUUUUUGCUUAGUCAUUGCCUUCCAGGAAACAGCAGCUCCCGCGAGCCAGGCCCAGACUCCCGCGGCGAAGGCUCCGGUCCCGGUGACGGUCCCAGUCCCGAGGUUGCAGCGGCCGCUCCCGCCCUCCGCGCGGCCUCCCUGCGGACCCUCCCCUCGCUCCGUCUCCUCCCUCGGCUCCUCUGGGUAGCGCUCGCAGACCCUUCCUCCGCCCCCCGCCCCUCUCCGGGGGCCCGAACCCAGCCCGCGCCGGGCUCCGGCGGGCCCCAGAGCCUCCGCCAUGGGGACGGACAGCCACGCCGCCGGGCUCCUGCUGCGCCGGGCCAGCACCCUGCACCUGCAGACCGGCAACCUGCUCAACUGGGGCCGCCUGCGGAAGAAGUGCCCGUCCAGCCACCGCGAGGAGCUACGGGAUUGUAUUCAGAAAACCCUGAAUGAAUGGAGCUCCCAAAUCAGCCCUGAUUUAGUUCGGGAGCUGCCAGAUGUCUUGGAAUGUACUGUAGCUCAUGCAGUAGAAAAGAUAAACCCUGAUGAAAGAGAAGAGAUGAAAGUUUCUGCAUUGAAAAGUGAAUGCUUACCAACUUGUUUUGUUUUUAUUUGGUGCCCAGCAAAACUGUUUAUUGUGGGAUCAAACUCUUCAUCAAUGAGAAGUGCGGUUGAAAUGGCAUGCUCUGCUCUGGGAAUUGCUCAGCUGGAUUCUGUGAUCAUUGCUUCACCCCCUGUUGAAGAUGGAGUUAAUCUUGCCUUGGAGCAUCUACAGCCUUAUUGGGAAGAACUAGAGAACUUGGUUCAGAACAAAAAGGUCGUGGCCAUAGGGACCUCUGACCUGGACAAAGCCCAGUUGGAGCAGCUAUACCAAUGGGCACAGGUAAAGCCAAAUAGUAACCAAGUUAAUCUUGCCUCCUGCUGUGUGAUGCCACCUGAUUUAACAGCAUUUGCUAAGGAGUUUGACAUCCAGCUAUUAACGCAUAAUGAUCCCAAAGAAUUGCUUUCUGAAGCAAGUUUCCAAGAAGCUCUUCAGGAGAGCCUCCCCGACAUCCGAGCAAAUGAGUGGGUUCCCCUGUGGGUACUUCGGUAUUCAGUCAUUGUUAAAAGCAGAGGAAUUAUCAAAUCAAAAGGCUACAUCAUCCAGGCCAAAAGAAGAGAUUCUUAAUCUUUCAUUGGACAGCCUACUGAUUUUACAUAGCAAAAAAGCUAUGUUUUUUCAAGUCAAAAAUUCCUAAGAUAUAAAAACCAAAAGUUAUAAACUUUAAAUUGGGUCAGUGAGGCAAAGAAUCUAGUCAUGGUUUGACACAGUAUGUUUUCAGGUACUGUAUGCUCCUGUCUCUAGACCAGUUCACUCAUAUAUGAAACAUUGUAUUGUUUUCAUUAAACUAUUGUUUUCUAAUAGAAGUUGUCUAUAAAAAAUACUUACAAUAUAGUCUUUAUUUUUAUGACUAAUAUAAAUCAAGAAAAUUGUUGCUAGAUAUAUUUUGGCCAUAGGCAUCAGGGUAAAAUAGAUAGAUUUUUUAUUAACCAAGAAAAAUUCAUUAAUUCUUAAGGCCACAAGGAGGUUUAAGUAUAGUUCAAAAACUAAAACACUGGAGAAGUUUUUUCUUAUCACUAAUUGAAAUUUCAUCUCAAAAUAGAGUAGCUGGACUCUGCUAUACUAUAGAUUUUUUUUUUCCUUUUCAAUAUUUGGGUGAAAAUUUAACAUUUUCUCCUUGGCACCAUGACCCUUAUAAAUAAGCUAUAGAGAUUUAGCCUUGUUCGUGUGCCAUAUUUCUUCUCAUUUGUGUUUCCUAUAAGAAUAAACCAAUGUAACUGAAAAGAAACUGAUAGCAUUUUUUUUUUAACACAAAUGACUGAGUUUUUUGGAAAACAACAAUCAGCUCCUGAUAAUCUUUACACCUCUUGAGCCAUCCUGAAAAGUAGGCUGCUCUCAGUCAGCUGAGUACAUUAUGUGCCAAUGCCUAUUAAUGAUCACCACUGUUAGUGUAAAAGACUGCCUAGAAGAGGUGACAGAGACACAAAUGGGAUUUUUAAAAUACCCUUAAUUCAGAGCCAAAGUUGCACUUAGUAAUUCUUUAAGGUAUAAUCCAACUGUUCAAAAACAAGAAAAAAAAUAAUAGUAUUUUAAUAGUGGAAGGGACUCUUUAAAAUCAUCUAAUUAUAUUUUAUUCAUUUGCCACUCAUUGAUUCUUGAGCUGAACUAUUUGUCAUAGGCAGUAGGCCUAAAUAUGAUUUGAAUAUGAUUUUAAAAUUUGUUUUAGCGAAAUAUUCUUUGGAUUGCAUUCAAUGUAUCUUACUCAUGAAGCCAGAGGAAAUUGCAGUGCAGAACUUAUUUUGUUUCAGCUUUCUUGGUUUAGCUAAGAAAGAUCUAGAUAUAAAUAUACCAACAUUUAAAAUAUUAUAUACAUUCUUUCUAUCCCAAUAAUUUUUUUAUAUUAGUAGAUAACUUAUUUGAUAAUAGGAAUUGCCUUGUUGAAAUCAGCCAUCUAACUAUAUUCCUAGAGAUGUAAUUAUUAUCUAGACUUUGAGCUUGCUUAAAAAGCCUUAUAGCAUUUUUAUAUUAACUUUUAAUAUUGUGUGUUCUGAAAAGCUAAGCAGUAGUUUUAGAAACGUGAUACAUUUUUCCCAUCUAAUGUCUUUUAAACAAAAAGUUUAUGAUAAUUGUUUAACUUGUAAAAUGAAUUAUUCUCAAAUUACAGAAGUUAAAUGUGAUAAUUUUUUUUAACCUUGAGUGUGUAAAAACUACAGAUUGUUGGUUUUAGGUUUUUUUGUUUUUAGUUGCAUUGGUGAUGCUUCUGCUGAACUCUAAAUACAUCUUGCCUUCUUUUGCUUUGAGUUUUCUAAAGAAUAUAGAUUCAUUCUCUGACGGGGAAGAAUCAUGGGUGUAAUUUUUUUUAAUGGACUUCUGUUGCUGAUUAACAAAUCCACUGUAGCUUAUUGAAUUUUUUUAAGCCUUUAUAGUUGUCUUUGCUUUGUUUCCAUAAUUUUUUUUUCUAAAAAUAUUAAAACAAGGUGAUUACCUUUCAGUUUUAAAAAAUGAAUAUAUAUAUAUAUAUAUUGAGGAUUUGUUAGAGUGACAAAGCUCCAACACUAAGAAUUAUAACACUAAAAAGAGCUUGAGUUUUUAUAAAAGUUAUCAAUAUCACAUGUGAAGAUUAUUUCUAUGGGACAUAUAUGUUCAAUGACAAAUAAUUUACAGUACUACUUUUUUCUAAUAAAUUUUAUUAAAGAGGCUGGAAAGGUGGAAAUUUGAUUUUUCAAAAUAUAUCAAAGACUUAUUAUAACAUCACUAAUAUAAUAUUGUGGCAUCAUGUGUAAAAUGGAUCUGUCUUGAAUCUCAUCCAAGAAUUUUUAGUUCUCAGAAGGACCAAAGUCUCAUAACAUUAAUUCUGAAAAACUACAUUACAAUAAGCCUCCAAUGUAAUACCUAUUUAGAGAUUACUCUUUGAAAGAAAUUAAGUUAAAUCUUAAUUGGAAGUUCCUAUUUCAAACUUUAAAAAUAAGUCACUUGGAUGACUAAGUGUAAAAUAUAACACGAUAUUUUUCUCUAUUUGCAUGAUUUUCUUUUUUUCCCCUAUUUCCUUGUUAAUGACUAACAUAAAAAGGACUUUGUUUUCCUAGAAGUACUGAUCAUACAAAGAUGAUUCAAUUAUGUAUAUUGAUAACAAAUUUUUUAUUUUAACAUUCCCAUCUAUUAAAUGUAUUCUAUAUUUGAGAGAUGUAAACAGUGGACAGACUAAUGACGCCAUCAAAUAACUUCUUUUCCCAUUCAAGAUGUAUAUUUAAAAGUCAUUUUAAACUAUUUAAUUGUGAUUUAAAAUUCUAGUUUUAAUAGACUGAUAAAUAUUCUUGUUAACAUCUAGAUAUUCAUUUGCAACUAACAUCUAGAUACUCAUUUGCAACUAUAUAUUUUUUUCAGAGUAAACCGUAUAAUGUAUCAGAGCUUUCUUUUUUUCUAUGGGCAGAUUUGUUAAGUUGGUGAAGGGUAGCUUGCUAGUGGUUUUUUUUAAACAUGUAACAUGGCUUUCAUGAUAUUUUUAUAGUUCUUCAGAAUUACAGAUCUAUUUAAAAGGGGGAAAAUGCUUUAAGUUAGUUCUGCAUUUUCUUUAGUGUGUUAUAAAAUUAAGGUAAAAUAAAACAUUACAAUAUUUAUAAUAGUUUUAAAUUUUACCUCAUGAAUUUAAUUAAUAAAAGUGUAAA